GGUACGCCGAAACAUUAGCUAUAAUUAUUAAGUACACGAAGCAGCUCAUUCCCCGCUUUUCCCUUGAAGGAGAGAAAAACAUUUGGCAUCAAACGAAAUGCGUUUAAGAUAGUGGAUAUCUACUUGCAUGUCCGGCGACGAAGUGGCGGGAGGAGUUCCGGAGCGAUCAUUUUUUAGCGCUUACUGGUGCAAUACAAGCAACGCAGCUUGACAAUGCCAUUAAAGCUUGAGGAUGCCGUGUGGCCACUCGCGCUUGCGACAAUGGCGGGGCUGUCAACAAGCAUCGGUGCUGUUGUAGCGGUGGUCCGGCGCCCAUCCGCGCAGGCCAUGGCCGCGUUGCUGGGUCUGGCGCUGGGGGUGAUGGCGUGUGUGAGCAUCGUGGAGCUGGUGUUGCGGAACGCCAUGUCGGGCGAGAGCGAUCCUCUCUUGAUCCUGGCGGCUGCGGGUGCGGGGUCCCUGGCCUACUACGUGGCUGAGCCGUUUUUCCCCAAGAUGGACGAGGGCCAUGACCACCUAGCCAAGAAACAGGACGACGUGGAUGACCAUGAGGCGUUCUUCAGGCAACUGCAGCACGAGGAGGAGGAGGCGGCGGCGGCGCGGGCGUCUGGAGGUGAUGGAGGCACGGCGGCGGCCGGCGGCGGCGCCGCGGCCGGCGGCGGCACCUCGCACCACCACCACCACCACCACCACCACCACCACCACCACCACUUGUCGGAUGGCGACGUGGAGCGGUCCGGUCAUGGCGGGGCGGUGGCGCUGGGCGUGGCCAGUGGCGGAGCCUCGCAGCGCAAGGUGGCCACAACCGCAGGGGCGGGCGGGGCCGGCGGCGUGGGGCUGUCGCGCAAGGGCAGUGGCGCCGGCGACCUGGCCACGCCGCUGGUGGGCGGCGGCGGCGGCGGCGGCCUGCCCGGUGGAGCGGGCGAGCUGGGCCUCGACGGCAGCGGCCACGGCGGCGAGCUGGGCGGCGGCGGGGCGCACACGCACGCGGCGCAGUCGGAGUCCCAGCGCAUCAAGGCGGGCCGCAUGAUGCGCCUGGGGCUACUGAUGGCGGUGACCAUGACGAUUCACAACCUGCCCGAAGGCUUUGCGGUGGCGUUCUCGGCGUUCACGGACUUUGGUCCGGUCAUGGCUCUGGCCAUUGCGCUGCACAACAUCCCGGAGGGCGUCAUCAUCGCCGCACCCAUCUACGCCGCCACCGGCAGCCGCUGGAAGGCCAUCGGCCUCGCAACAGCCUCGGGGCUGUCGGAGCCGCUGGGAGCGCUGCUGUCACUGCUGCUGCUGCAGCCGUUCUUCACUCAGGAGCGGCUGCACUACCUACUGGCCUUCACGGGCGGGGUCAUGUUGGCGGUGUGCGGCAUCGAGCUGUGGCCUGAGGGCCGCAACUGCCGCCACGACCGCGCGUUCGCGGCGGGCAUCCUGGGCGGAGUCGCGGUCAUGGGCUGGACGCUGCUAGUGGAGGGGUAGGUGCAGCUGGGGGCCCGUGGCAGGCGGGGCGGCGCUGGCUUGCGGGCGUUGGGGGCUACGGGUGAGGGAGGAGCUACGUGGGCGGGAGGGCAACGGGUGAGCGCAGGUGAGGGUAGCGAGGGCAGGUGUUGUGUGUGCUGGUGGUGCUUUGAAGAAAUGAGGGAGGCAGGAGUGUGUGGUUGUUGGGCGUGCGGCGCGGAUGGAUGGAUGGAUGCGUUUGAAUGCCGUGGUGGUCACUGGGGAGGGGCGGCGCUGGCGCAGUGCAGCAUUGCAGUGAGUGCGGGGAACAGGGUGGCGGACCGAGUGCCGCGGUGCCCGCAGUGGGGUAAGCCUAGCUGGAGUGGUGGUGGCGGUGAUAGUGGCGCCGGUGCGCGAGUGAUGUGAAUGACACUGGGAGAGCGAGAGGCAACGCACGAGUGCUGUUAGCAGGAUGACGUAGGUGGGUUUGGGAUAGAGUGGCCACCGUGUGCGGACCGCAGGUAGGUAGGCUGCAGUGUCAGCCCUAGUGAUUGGCGCAUACGGGCCUCAUUGCUGCUGCUCCCGUCGCUGCUGCCGCUGCCUUGCGACAGCACAUUUGGGGCGGCGGCGGCGGCGGUGGCGGCCACCUCGCUGGGCAGGCGCAGCACGAGCGGCUGCUGCUACUGCCGGGCGCACGGCCUGCUGCUGCUGCCGCCCCGGCUGCGGCGGAGGCAUCAGCGGCGUCCUCGCCGCACCGCCCAGCACUGGCCCUUGGGCCCGCUGCGCCGCCGGUGCCAUUGGCGCCAGUGGCGGUGGCGGGUGACGGCGAGGCGGUGGCGACUGGCCGUACAGCGGGUGCUGUGCAGCCGCCAAACGCCGGCGGCACGGCACUGGCGGCUCUGGGGCGAGCAGGGGCGCGGCAGCAGCAGCAGCAGCAGCUAGGCGCAGCGGCGGCGGAGGCGGCGGCGGAGGUAGCCGGAACUGCGGUAGCGGCGGAGCGGAUGCACGGGUGACGGCGCUAUCGCGCCGCCCGCAGUGGCUGUGUGGUCAGCGCGGGCGGGGCGGCCGAGCCGUGGCGUCAGCGCGCGGUCAUGGCGUGGUCGGGCGCGGGACAUGGCCGCGGGACCAGUGCGGCUGUCAAUCACUUGAGGCGUGGCGGGUCAAGGCAGGCGGUGGGGCUGUUGGAGGGUGCUGGAUUCGAGAGCCGCCCUUGGCUGCUGAGCACCCGCGGUGUGGGCUGGCUGUGAUGCUGGGCUGUGUGUUCGCGGCCUGGUGGCGGUUUGCAAUUAAACUUGGAGCAAAACACCCUCCCGCACUGCUGGCGUGCUUGUAGAACUGGUGGAACAGGC